CCUGCUAUAAGGGCUGCUAUUCAAUGUUGACUUUCUGUACCAGGCUUGAGUUAGAGAAUCAGGAUGGAGCCACCCUCGACCACUGCCAGGGGGCGCUGUUUCCUGCUCAAUCUGCUUCUAUUCUAUGUCUAUCAAGGAGGCUGAGCUUGAUGGGUCCCUGCAGCUGGAUUCUCCUAUUUGAAGCCUCCGGGGAGAAGACCUUGUGUGUGUGUUUGUGUAAAGGUGUUUUUGUGUAAGUGUGUGUGUUUUCUGCUCAGCCUUUUUACCCUGCAGCUGCCACAGAGUUCAGGGCUCUUACUUGCUGUUCCAGAGAUUGUGAUCUGCAAACCACUGGCUUCCAGUUGAAAUGGAGCAAUAUGUGCUUCUGGACCCAUGGCAGAGAGCCUUGUAUCGGGACGUCAUGCAAGAAAGCUAUGAGAUGCUGAUGGCACUUGAAUUUCCACUGUCCAAGACUGACUUACUAUCCCAGCUGGAAAGAGGAAAUGAAGCAACGUUUGACCUGCAAGCACCAGGAAAUCUCCCUCCAGUUACUGCAUUAGUAAAUGAGAAUAUAGAAGAUGAGAAUUCUGUGCAGGAUGUUGCCAAAGAGGAAAAGUCUGCUGCCGAAGCCUCCCAGAGUCCCACAAGUGAAGCCGCAAGCAGCAAGACCCAAGCUGAGAUCCCCCCACUUCCUCAUCCUUCGUCGUCUCCAUUGCUCACUCUGAACCCCAACAUCUGCUGCAAAUGUGGCAAAACCUUCAGUCACAAGUCAGCUUUAGUGAAACACCAGAAGAUCCACACAGGAGAGAAACCCUACGAGUGCAAGGAAUGUGGGAAGAGCUUCAUUCAGCGCUCAGAUUUGACCAUUCACCAAAGAACCCACACAGGGGAGCGGCCGUAUCAGUGUCCAGACUGCGGAAAGCGUUUCAGUGUCAGCUCCACCCUACUGACCCAUCAGCGUAUCCAUGCACCAGGAGGCGAAAAGCCCAACCGCUGCCCUGAGUGUGGAAAGUGCUUCAGUGACUCAUCAGCCCUGGAGCGGCAUUGCAAGAGCCAUGCUGGAGGGAACCCGCAUGAGUGUGUGGACUGUGGGAAAUGCUUUGCAUGGAGCUCCCACCUUGAGCGACACCGGCGGAUCCACACGGGGGAGAAACCAUACAAGUGCCACGGGUGCGGACGGGCCUUUGCAUGGAGCUCACACCUAGAACGGCACAUGCGGACUCACGCCACGUCAGUGCUGCCAGAGGAGGCACCCCCCUCAAAGUGUGCCGACUGUGGCAAGCGGGUCAAUCACAUUACCCAUCCCGAACGUUUUAAACACAAGAGCACUCAGACCCCUCUGGAGCAUGAGGACAUGGUCGAAGAGACAAAAAUGGAGCAGCCCCUUCACCAGUGCACACUGUGUGAGAAAAGCUUUAACCAGCAUUCAAGCUUAGUCGAGAACCAGUGCAUUCACGCUGGGAAAAAGCCAUACCAGUGCAUAGAGUGUGGUCUCCAAUUUAGCUGGUCCUCUGCCCUCCUCAAGCACCAACGCAGUGCUCACAAUAAGAGGAGGACUUACUCCUGCUCAAUAUGUGCCCGGGUUUAUAGAAAUCCCACUUCCUUGGCCAAGCACCAGCUCACCCAUGCCAGAGGGAAACCCCACCAGUGUUCUGUCUAUGACAAAAGUUUAGAGCGCAGUUCUCAAUUGGAGCAAGAUAAGCGAAUCCACACUGGGAAGAAACCUUACACGGGUGCAAAUUGUAUCCAGGGUCCAAAACAGAUCCACAAUGAAGCCUGGCCCCAUGGUUGUGGAGAGUGUGGCAAAAGCUUUCCUUUAAGCACUACCUUGGCCGCACACCGAGUUUUCCAUGACUCCAAGCCUUACCAGUGUCCUGAAUGCGGGAAAGGAUUUAGUACCACGGUUGUGCUGGAGCGUCAUCGCCGACUGCAUCGUGGUGAGAAGCCCUAUCAGUGUGACAUUUGUGGCAAGGGCUUUGCCUGGAGUUCACACUUCAACCGGCACCAACUCUCGCACACAGGAGAGAAGCCCUUCCCUUGUGCCUACUGUGAGAAACGCUUUGGGCGUAGCUUCCACCGCAACCGGCACCAACGUACCCACACUGUCCCGGCCAAAGGCCAAGAUCAGCCACAGAAUGACAAAGAAGGCGGCAGUAUUUUACUGACAAACACAGCUCCCAGCUGGUGGAAGGAAGGGGAAGGAGAGGAAAGGCCCUUAAUGGAGCAUCAGGAGGUCUGGCCACCCACCUUGGAUUCAACCAGCCCUUUCCAGUGGACAGCCAAGUCUCCUGGCGAUGCAUGGAGGACCAUAGGAGGAAGCGCCCUUGAGCAGGCGCCUGAGAGUUUGACAGAUUCUACAGAAAGUUGGACUCACCUCUCUUCUGUAGUGCCCCUCACUGCUCACUUCCCUUGACUUCCCCUUUUCUUUCAUGGCCAUCUUACACUUUUCAUUAAUUCCAGACACACAUCCCUCCUCCUGGGACAAGAAGAAAGGGCAACCUUUUCCUCUCUUCCAAAUGCGGCUUUCUGAUCCUUUUCUGGGUGUUGCUGCUAUAGCUCCUAAAAUUGCCGAAGCUCAUAUCGUAUGUUGAGGCCAAAAACACAACAGAAAGAAAAAGAGGUGCUAUGGAUCACUGGUGGCACAGUGUGUUAAAGCACUGAGCUGCUGAACUUGCGGACCAAAAAAAAGGCUCCAGGUUCAAAUCCCGGGAGCGGAAUGAGCGCCCGCUGUUAGCCCCAGCUCCUGCCAACCUAGCAGUUCGAAAACAUGAAAAUGGGAGUAGAUCAAUAGGUACCGCUCCAGCAGGAAGGUAACGGCGCUCCAUGCAGUCAUGCCGGCCACAUGACCUUGCAGGUGUCUACGGACAACGCCGGCUCUUCGGCUUAGAAAUGGAGAUGAGCACCAAUCCCCAGUCGGUCGCGACUGGACUUAACGUCAGGGGGAAACCUUUACCUUUUAUGGAUCACAAGCGAGUACUAUCAACAUGGAGCUUGUUUUUAGGAGUAAAAAUCACAUUUUAAGUAAUAGAAGUCACAGGUGAAGAGCAGAAGUGGAUUUUUCAUAGUCACAGGGUGUUUAUGCAUCAAGAAUGAACUUGGGGGGGGGGGGAAAUCCAGAUUACAAUGUAUAGUAUCUCUCAGCCAGCCUUUUUGUACCUUUUUGGUCACACAGGCUUAGGAAUUCUGUGAAUAGUAGGCCCACUAUCACCACUGAAAAAUAAUUUCUUUGGGAGGGACCAAAUGAAUUAAAACACUAUUAAACACUGUAAAAUGUUUUACCAUUUUUAUCUAUAAAGGGAGUUUCCUGAUAGCUUCAAUUCCCCACAACAGUGAGGUAGACUAAAGUUAUUUCCAUUAUAUACACAUGAAGUUGAGCAAGAUGCAUCCACAGCAAGUUGGAGGACCUAGAAAUUCUCAGAUGUUCUCAGACUUUUGUUUAAUUUGAAGGUUUUCAUUUUUAUGGUUGUUCUCUGCCCCUAAUCCCUAUGAAAAUGGAGGGCUAACUGUAAUAUACUCAGUUCUGUAGCCUUGUUCACACGUGAAUCCAAAUUUUACAUUGAUCUUAGAUUUAGCAGGAGACUGGCUUGAUGAGCAUCAUCCAUGUUCACAGAUCAAUUCUAUGUAUGUUUUCUGGACAUUAAUGGGUUUUAGGGGGAGAAAUGUACAUGAACAACAGGAAGAUGUGGCCUUACAAAAUAAUAAGCAUUGCAGUUUACUGACUUGUGCAUAUUUAUAAUCUAUUUACCAAUAGUUGUCCUCUCCGCCAAAGGAACUCAUAUAUAGAUCAACAGUUCAGAAUCUAACAUCCCCAGAUACUAUUGCAACCCUUACUAUCCCCAUCUGGCUUGUGAAAUGGUCUAGGAGAUGUCAUCCAACACCUGAUGGUCCAAAGUUGGAAUCACUGCUGUACAGUUCCUCUUAUUUGGCAGCAUGUUUGAUUCACUUUCCAAAUGUGUCACUCACCUUACUUUGUACCAUGUGUAGCCUGAUUCUUCACACAUAAGGUUCUACAUUGGAGCAUCGCUUUGCUUGCACAGGUCCACCUCUUCACAUGCAUCCAACAGCUGUCAACCCUCAGAAGAGCUGCUAAUGUUGCUUAUUAUUGGGAAGUUUUAAUUACUGCCAAGUUGACUUCAACUGGGCUGUUGUGAGGUGAUAACCUCUGAGGAUGCCUGCCAUAGAUGUGGGCGAAAUGUCAGGAGAGGAUACUUUUGGAACAUGGCCAUACAGCCCGGAAAACAUACAACCCUGUGGUCCUGGCCAUGGAAGCCUUCAACAACACAUUGACUUCAAUUUAUGCUAAUCCUGUGAAUGAGACACCUUCAAAUCACCCUCUCAAGAGCGUUGCUAAGGUCUUGCAGACUCAGGACCUUCUUUGAUGGAGUCCACCCACCUGUAAUGCAGUCUUCCCCUUUUCCUACUGCCUUCUACCUUGCCAAGCAUCAUUGGCUUUCUAGUGAAUCAAACGUCGUCAUCAUGAUAAUCUGAUGUUAGUGACCCAUUCCUUUUUUUAAAGAGCAAGCCAUAGUUUUUUCAUAGCCUACACAACCAAAAAACUUAGCUAUCAUCUAGUCAGGUUGCUUUUCUUCUGAAGUUCUUUGGUGCACUCCAUUAUCCAACAUAUGCUUGCAGUAUGUGGGAAAUAGAGGGAUGCAGUUCAGACUGUGAAGUUGCACUUUUACUCAGCUAGAGAAAGGGUACAUUCAAAGGUGCAAGUAGGCAACCCUUUUCCUUUCCCCAGGAGUCCAGAUCAGCUGUAUCUUCAUCAUCUAAGGAUGCAUCUGCACUGAUGAAUUAAUGAAGUUUGGCACCACUUUAACUGCCAUAGCUCAAUGUUCUGGAAUCAUGGGAGUUGUCAUUAGAUGAAUCACCAGCACUAUUUGGGGAAGGACUAAAGAGCUUGUAAAACUACAGGUCUCAUGAUUCCAUAGCAUUAUGCUAUGGCAGAUAGUGAUGUUGAACUACAUUAUUUGUACAGUGUAAACACAUCCUGAAUUGCCAUAUCUUUCCUCCCCUUCCCAUUGGUAUGAAGCAGCAGCCUCUCUCAGGGCAUGAUGGGCUGUUAAGAGAUAAGUAAAAGUAAAGGUUUCCCCUGACGUCCAGUCAUAUCUGACUCUGGGGGUUGGUGCUCAUCUCCAUUUCUAAGCAGAAGAGCCGGCAUUGUCCGUAGACACCUCCAAGGUCAUGUGGCCGGCAUGACUGCAUGGAGCGCCGUUAGAAAGAAAGGGAUACCUGUAUGCAUGUUACCAACAGGAUGUUAACCAGGGGAGUUGCAUAUUUAUUGUCCUUUAUAAACCUACUGUGGAAUGCCAUUGUUGUCCAUCAAAUACAUAAUGGAAUACCAUUGCCCGUCACAGCCAGGUCGACGGGUUCAUGUUGGCCAGGAAUGCCCGUCUGCAUACACAGUGGCACUUCGUGCGCAAUUCUGCUGUUGUGACACUUGACUCAGUGCAGACAGAUGUGAAUGAAAAUGUCCCACCACGGCCACAGGGGAACUUGCACAUGUGUAAAGACAUCAACAGGAUGCAAAGCAAAGUGGAGAUUAAUUUGGUCCUUCCCAUGUUUUGGGGUACAAAUCCCAUCAGCUCUAACCAGCAUAGAUAGUUGUAAUGUAACACAUCUGGAAUGCCAAAAUUUUAAAAUGAAAGUUCAUUCAUGGGGCUUGAAAGAUUAGUAAAAGUAAAGGUUUUCCCCUGACAUUAACUCUAGUCGUGUCCAACUCUGGGGGUUGGUGCUCAUCUCCAUUUUUAAGCCAAAGAGCCGGCGUUGUCCAUAGAUGCCUCCAAGGUUAUGUGGCCGGUGUGAUUGCAUGGAGUGCUAUUACCUUCCCGCCAGAGCAGUACCUAUUGAUCUACUCAUGUUUGCAUGUUUUCAAACUGCUAGGUUGACAGAAGCUAGGGCUAACAGCAGGAGCUUACCCCGCUCGGAUUAGAACCAGCAACCUUUUGGUCAGUUCAACAGCUCAGCGGUUUAAUCCACUAUGCCACCAGGGGCUCUCUUGAAAGAUUAUAUGCCUAUAAAACAGGAUAUGUGUCUAUAUGAAACACUAGUUUUAAUCAUAUGUUCCUGGGGACAUCUACAUGACAGAAUUAAUGCAAUUUGACACCACUUUAACUGCCAUGGCUCAAUGCUAUGUAACAAGGAGAGUUGUAGUCUACUGAGGCACCAGAAAUAUUUGACAAAGGAUAAAGACCUUGUAAAAAUGAGAUUUCCAAGGAUUCCAUAGGAUUUCCAAGGAUUCCACUGCCUCGGUUCAACAGUGUAGAUGUACCCCUCGUCAGCCACGCUGGCAUUUUAUGGCACAACAUUUUGUAUUGAUAUUAAGACCUAGUCCGAAUUUUUAGUUUCAUUUAAAGACCUACUGAAUCACUUUAAUUUACAUAAGGUCUGGUCUGACCAAGUUCCCAUUGAGUUCCUAAGUUGCAACCAACAUUUGGUUUUAAGCUGCAACUAUUAAACCAGAUGCACAGA